CCUUCUCUCUUCCUCCUCCUCCUCCUCUUCCUCCUCCUCCUCCUCUUAACUUGGCCACGGCGGCGCGGGGCGGUGCGCUUCGCCCUGCGCCGGCGACGGGGGAUGUGCGGGCGGCGGCGGGAUGGCUUCGGCCGUGUUUGAGGGCACUUCGCUGGUGAACAUGUACGUGCGGGGCUGCUGGGUGAACGGGAUCCGGCGGCUCAUCAUCAGCCGGCGGGGCGACGAGGAGGAGUUCUACGAGAUCCGCACCGAGUGGUCGGACCGCAACAUCCUCUACCUGCACCGCAGCUACUCUGACCUCGGCCGCCUCUUCAAGCGGCUCCUCGACUCCUUCCCCGAGGACCGGCCCGAGCUGUCCCGCUCCCCUUUGCUCCAAGGGCUCAUCACAAUAAAAGAAGCCCAAGAUAUAGAAGCCAGACUUAAUGAAGUGGAAAAGCUUCUGAAGACUAUUAUAAACAUGCCCUGGAAGUAUUCAAGAUCUGAAGUUGUCCUCACGUUCUUUGAGAGAUCUCCUUUGGACCAAGUUCUGAAAAAUGACAAUGUCCAUAAAAUUCAGCCAAAUUUUCAAAGUCCAGUUAAAAUAUCAGAAAUCAUGCGAUCAAAUGGAUUUUGUUUAGCCAACACUGAAACAAUAGUCAUUGACCACAGUAUACCAAAUGGAAAAGAGAAGCACCUGGAUGUAGAUUCAGCAGAACAUUUGUUCGAAAGUGUUAGUGACUUUACCUCAGAGCUAGAAGACAGUGAUGAUCCAACAGCAUAUGUCACCAAUUUGACGUACUACCACCUGGUUCCAUUUGAGACUGACAUUCUGGACUGAGGCUGCUCAGGGAUGCAGUCAGCCAGCAUCCAGCCAACCUCUUCAUCUACAGGCUCUGCUAUCUCUGGCAUUGCAUCUCUGUGAAUAAGGCUGUGCAGACAAGACCAACAGAAGAGAAGCUGCAGCAAGUACGCCACAAAGCUGAUUUUGUAGUGUGGUCCUCCGUUGUGUGUUAUGGAGACAUCUUGUAAGGAGGUAACUGCUUUGCCGUUGACAACAGACUUGUUUUCUGUGAAAGCAAGGCAGCAGAGGCCUCUUGGGGCUCAAGGAAAUCUCUGCCGUGUCUGUGGGAACUGCCACUGUGAUGCAGCCAUCAGAAACUUGUGCUGUAGUAUGUUGUCAUCCGUGCUCCUCGGCUUGCAGUGCAAGUUGAGGCUUCCUCUUUUGGGAUACCAACAGAAACUUCCCCAGAUGGCGUGACCACGCUUUUUAUGCUGUGUAAGCAAGAAGACAAGCAAAGCAGCUGAAUUUUGUCAGUUCCCUCUGUGGUUGCUUAAUGGAGGUCUUGUGGGUCGCUUCUUGCUCAGCUACUGGAUGAUUGGUGCCUUACACGAGAUGUCAGAAAUACCAUUGAGUGCCUCCAGGAAACAGAACACAUGAGCUGAUGGCUUUACUCCUUUUAAUCAUGGGCUUUUAUAUAAUCACUGAAAGGGCGACUGCUCUUUCCUGGAAUAGUAAAGCAGGCAGCAGCUGGCAUUGCAAUGGACUGUGGAUGAUGUUUGGGUACCCAUAUGAUUUCAGAAGUCUGGAAAGCUGAUGGGAGAGCUGAGCUGCUCUGCUAAGAAGGGUCAAGGCUAUGGCAGGCACUUUGAUAUAUUUUUUUUUUUUUUUUAAUGUGGACCAGCAUAUGUGAAUGGUGCUUACAGUUGUUUACAUCAGAGAGAUAAUUCCCUAUGCAUAUUUCUUCCCAGGGGUUGGGAAGGAAGA